AUGGGGACCGGAGGACUAUGGCGAAGGAGAGAGUAUAGUCGAUAUUUUUUCCAUUUUAUUCUGCUGCUGUGCUUCGGGGAGCUGGCUUCGGCUCAGAUACGGUACUCUAUCUCCGAGGAGGUAAAAGAGGGAUCCAUUAUUGGAAAUGCUGCGAAGGAUCUGGGCCUCGAAAUCGCCUCUUUGACCGACCGAAGGUUGCGUAUUGUCUCUGGUCCUAAGGACGCUUAUUUUGCGGUAAAUGAAAACAGCGGCGCCCUGUAUGUCCAUCGGAGGAUCGACAGAGAGGAGCUUUGUCGAGGCAGUAGCACUUGCCUCCUGGAGCUUAAACUUGUCGUCGAAAACCCUCUCGAAAUACAUUACGUCGGGGUAGAAAUCACUGAUGUGAACGACCACCCCCCUGUCUUUCCGGAGAGGGAACAAACCUUUGAGAUAGCCGAACACACGCUGCCCGGAACACGGUUUCAGCUCCACGCUGCUCGGGACCCCGAUGUCGGCAUCAACUCGAUCCGCACGUACACUGUGACGUCAAACGAUCACUUCGAAAUUGAUAUUCGGCAAAGCGAUGAGGAUAAAAUCCCCUUUUUGGUGUUGCGGAAGGCAUUAGAUCGAGAACAAAAGAGCAACCACUCGCUGCUAGUAACUGCGGUGGACGGAGGUAAGCCCCAGAGAUCAGGGACACUUUACGUUUCAGUUGUUGUCCUUGACGCUAAUGAUAACCGCCCCAUGUUUAGUCAGGACACAUACCAGGUCGCCAUACCUGAGAACGUCAAAGUUGGCACCGCUGUUACAAGAGUGACUGCGAUAGAUCCGGAUGAAGGGGCUAACGGCGAUGUUAAAUACAGUCUUGGCAAAACCUUGAGUCGAAAAGUCUACGACGUUUUUGAGCUGGACGGUUUUAGUGGAGAAAUUAAAGUGAAAGGAGGAGUGGAUUUCGAGGAGGCAGCGGUGUAUAAGAUGGACGUGCAAGCAUCGGAUCAAGGAACACCUCCGUUAUCAGUGGAGUGCAGGGUUAUUAUAAAGAUAAUAGACGUUAAUGAUAAUGCACCUGAAAUAGAGGUCACAUCACUUUCAAAUACCGUGUCUGAAGGCUCAAAGCCCGGCACGGCUAUUUCUCUGAUCAGUGUCUCAGACAAAGACUCAGGCGUCAAUGGAAAUAUAAUUUCACGCAUAUCCGAGAAUGUGCCUUUUGAAUUAAAACCGUCCUAUAAGGACAACUUGUAUUCGGUUGUAACUAAAGGAGAAUUAGAUCGAGAGAUGUUUUCAAGUUAUGAUAUAACCAUAAAAGCCACUGAUUGCGGUGAACCUCCCUUGUCCACUUUUAAAACUCUGAGUAUUCAGAUAUCGGAUGUAAAUGACAACAGUCCACAAUUCCAACAAGAUCCCUUAGAGUUGUACCUGGUGGAAAAUAACGCCGCUGGUAUGUCAAUAUUCUCUGUAAGCGCAUCAGAUAAGGAUUCAAAUGAAAAUGCCGCCAUUUCCUAUCAUGUCUUCCGAGAAGGGGGUCAACAUGACAUGACGUCUUUCCUGAAUAUCAAUUCCGAUAAUGGUCAAAUCUCCGCGUUAAAAAGUUUUGACUUUGAAACUUUGAAGACUUUCCAAUUCCACGUGGUUGCCACAGACUCCGGAAGUCCCCCGUUGCGCAGCAACGUGACAGUGAACGUGUUCAUCCUGGAUCAGAACGACAACGCUCCAGUCAUCUUGUAUCCAGUCAGCGCUAACGGUUCUGCUGAAAGUGUGGAGGAGAUUCCCCGCAAUGUGAACGCAGGUCAUCUGGUGACUAAAGUGAGAGCGUAUGACGCUGAUAUAGGAUAUAACGGCUGGUUGUUAUUUUCACUGCAGGAAGUCACUGACCACAGUCUGUUUGGUUUGGACCGCUACACAGGACAGAUAAGAACACUUCGCUCAUUCACAGAGGCAGACGAGGUUGAACAUAAACUGGUCAUACUGGUGAAAGACAAUGGGAACGUGUCACUCUCAGCAACAGCUACUGUGGUGGUCAAGGUUGUGGAGCCCAAAGAGGCUUUUGCUGCUUCUGAUGUUAAAAGCGCAGCAAAAGAUGAAGAUGAGGACAAUGUGACACUUUAUUUGAUGAUAACUUUGGGCUCAGUUUCAGCACUUUUCCUCAUCAGCAUCAUCGUAUUGUUUGUAAUGCAGUGCUCCAAACCUGCAGACUAUUCCUCCAAGUAUUUACAAGACCCUAAUUAUGACGGGACUCUGUGUCACAGCAUCCAGUACAGAUCUGGAGACAGACGGUACAUGUUAGUUGGACCCAGAAUGAGUAUAGGAUCUACUAUAGUCCCAGGAAGCAAUGGGAAUACUCUAGUGGUCCCAGACAGGAGGCGAACAUCUGGAGAGGUAAGAAAGGAAAUCAAAUGUUGA